AUGGCCCAUGGGGCCACGCCGCCGUCCACGAACCAGUCCAAGUGCCCACUCACCAAAUUCUCAGGGCAGAACCAGGUCUCCGUCUCCCUCGGCGGAGCCAACAUGCACCUCGUCCUCCAGGCUCAACCGUCGCCCAUGACUCCAUCCUGUCGCUGCUUACUUCCUACCUACGCUACCUACACUACCCAAGAUAGGUACCCAGGAUUUUUACGCGACUACGUUUUGGGCCCCCAAAGCCGCAAGUUCAAGCCCACUUCACUUGCACCGUCGCCAUCCAACUUCCCCUGGACCCCUGCUACCCUGUCCGGCCGACCAAGUGUGCGCGCCUCCCACCACGCGAGCGAGCCAAGCCAAGCCAAUAUUGCUGCCAGCUUCCCCCCCAAAUCGACCAUCCAUCCCGUCCCAUCUUCGCCCGCGCUCGUCCACUCGUUACUCCUUCUUAACCUCGUCUUCCCCCCAGCCAGAGCCAGGGAUCGUCGCCGCCUUCCAAGAGCCUCACCUUGCCUCGUCUUGCCCCUUCGCCAGACCAGAUCCGACAGAGCUGAUCGUCUCGACGACUCGACCACGGCGGGCAACUUCUUAACCCCCCUAUUGAGUGCUACGGCCCACCUACUGGCGACCGACAGAAACUGCAAGCUUGGAAGCAACUGGACCUCGUUCGACUCGACCUCAACCGCCCCGAAUUACCCCAAUUGUGGACGCGACCAAUCUCUCAAAGUCUUGUCGUCGACUGUAGCAUCGUCGACUCGUCAACUUUUCGGCCAUUAG